AUGAAUGGAGAAGAGGAUUAUUCUGAUGAUGGGUCUCAAAUGGGAGAGAAGAAGAGGAGAUUGAACAUGGAGCAAGUGAAGACGUUAGAGAAGAACUUCGAGACUGCAAACAAACUUGAACCAGAGAGGAAAAUGCAGUUGGCUCGUGCCUUGGGCUUACAGCCAAGACAGGUUGCGAUUUGGUUUCAGAACAGAAGAGCUCGCUGGAAGACAAAGCAGCUUGAGAAAGAUUAUGAUACACUUAAACGACAGUUUGAUUCCCUUAAAGCUGAAAACGAUCUUCUUCAAACUCACAAUCAGAAACUCCAGGCUGAGAUAAUGGGUUUAAAGAACAGAGAACAAACAGAAUCAAUAAACCUGAACAAAGAAACAGAAGGAUCUUGCAGUAACAGAAGUGAUAACAGUUCCGAUAAUCUCAGACUCGACAUCUCGACGGCACCACCAUCAAACGACAGCACAAUAACAGGCGGCCACCCACCAGCGCCGCAGACUGUUGGUGGAAACUUAUUUCAACCUUCACCAGCCACCGCAACGACCACAACAACCACGUUGCAAUUCUUUCAAAACUCGUCUUCAGGACAGAGUAUGGUUAAAGAAGAGAACAGUAUCAGUAACAUGUUCUGUGCAAUGGAUGACCACUCUGGUUUUUGGCCAUGGCUUGAUCAGCAACAGUACAAUUGAAACUGGUCAACCUGUUUUUUUUUAUUUUUUGAAAUCAGAAAGAACCCAUGCAUGUUUCAAAACUUGGAAUCUAUCAUUAGCUCACUUUGGGUUUUUGCCUUUUGUUUUUUGAACAAUGAGUUGUAAAAAGAUGGGUAAAAGUCAUAUCAUUAUAAAGAAAUAUA